UGAGAACGUGGAGCGCGCGUGAACGCAGAUAGAGAUACAUUUUGGGCUUCAGAUACAUUGGCAGUGCGCAUUACUCACUCAUCCGCCAGGCACGAAGGUACAUUUCGCAGUGCGCCAGACGAUUGCAACUGGCAAACUGGAUUUACCACCCAAAACUAACAAAACUGAAAAACCAAAACAAAACCCACAUCCACAAGCCUGUUUAGUGAAAAACGAAGCCAAUUGCAGCAGCAACAAAAAACUUUCAAAAUCCGAGCCAAAGCGAAAUAGGAAAAGUAGUUCAGAGCGUGAAAAAUACGUUACUUGCUGCAAAAGUUGUGAAACGUAUCCGAGAGAUACAAACCCAUUGGGAGAGCGAGAGCUAAGCAAAGUGCAAUUUCCAAAAACGAAUACCAUAUAAAACAUACCUAUAAACCAACCGAAACCAAACAAAUAACAAAGGCUGAAAAAUUGAAAAUAUCCAAAAAACUUUUUCCAACCACUCAACCUCGACGACGAUUCGCAAGACAAACUAUUGUUGGAUUAACAUUUUCUGAUCAAGAACGAGAGCCAGGCGAACGGAAGCGGAAUGCAAGUGGAAGCCAGCUACCCGAAAUACGCCGGACGAGUGCCACCCUUGGACCUCUCGCAGGUGAAUGCGGCACAGGACCUGUGGGGCGGCAACGGCACCAGCACUCCGUCCUCCAAGCGCCACCUGCACCACCCCUACCAGAUGCUGGACAAGUGCCGCGGGGGAGUUACCCUGAUCAGUGCCUCCAGCAACUCCUCCUCCGACGACAACAACAAUCGGCUGAUGAGCGGCGACGAUGGAGCCACAAGUCUGCUGCAUUCGAUGGGUUCCGACGGCCUGCCCUUGGAUCCGCGGGACUGGACGCGAGCGGAUGUCUGGAAGUGGCUGAUCAACAUGGCGGUGUCCGAGGGUCUGGAGGUCACGGCCGAACUGCCCCAGAAGUUCCCGAUGAACGGGAAGGCCCUGUGUCUGAUGAGCCUUGAUAUGUACCUGUGCCGAGUUCCGGUGGGCGGCAAGAUGCUCUACCGCGACUUCCGCGUGCGACUCGCCCGGGCAAUGGCCCUGCUCUCCUAGGUGUCUCAUGGACACCUCUGUCCGGUUGUACAUAUCUCUAGGAUUCUGUUAGACUAGCCUAGUUCUCCUAGUUGUAAUGCCUAGUCGCUAGAGCUCUCGUAAGUUAAGUCUUAGGCAUAGUAUCCUGCAUUUCAAAUUGUCAAAGAUUGCUUCAAGUUCUCCGUACAAAAGAUGAAGAAAAUGACCAAAAUGAAAAAGAUUAAAGUUAAAAUGCUAUCCUAUUAGUUUGUUAAGUUCCGGAGAAAAUAUAAAAUGAAAUUUUAUAACU